UUCUGAUACGUCGUAAUUUUGUUUGCCAAAUGUCCCAAAAAUCAUUAAAUCAUUGUAAUUUACACUCACGUAACUUGCGCAAUGAUAUAAUUGCCGUAUUAUUGCUAUUUUAAACCAAAAAUUGUCUCUUACAUCAAAAUAAGUGUUUCAUGGAGAUUUGUUAAAAAUAGAACUCUUUUCUGUAGCAUAUUCACAUUUGAAUUUAUCUGUUUUGAUCACCGUGACACUUUCGUGACACCUGAAAACACUGUUGUGAAUAGACAAACCUAUAACGUGUAUUCCAAGAGAAACAAUACAAAUGGGAACGCCACUUAAUUCCAUGCGACUUCUAAUCACUCCUACUUCAAGAGGAAGGACUAGGCUGAGCCCGCAAAUAUCUCCAAUGGCAAUCUUAUCUCGUAAUACUCUAUCACUUUCGAAAUCACCAUUUGUGUCUACAAGAAAGAAAACAAACCCCACACCAAAAGCCAGAAAGAAGUUAGAAUACUCCCAUCGGUCCCCAAAAAUACCUCAACACCUAGCUUAACUAUAAACGGUAUAACCGAAUCACCUAUAAAGAAAGCUAAACAUGUUCUGAAUGUCAACACACCGAAUAAAAACGAAAUCUUAAAAAGUGGCUUAAAUUGUCUUGGAGAAUUAAACAUCCUAGGAAGAGGAACAUUUGGAGUUGUUGUAAGAGGUACAUACGCAGGCAAAGAUGUUGCAGUGAAAGUAGUCAAAACAAAGAUGAUCACGAACGAAAAAAACGCUCUAAUGUUAGAUCAUGUAAAUAUAGUGAAAACAAUCGAUGUGAUCGUCAGAAACGAGCAACAUUCAAUCAUCGUUAUGGAAUACCUCCCAGAUUCGCAGGUACUUCAAUCAAUCAUAGACAACGAAAAGAUCCAGCUUAAGUUUAGUGACAUCGUUAAGUGCACUUUGGAUAUCACAGCUGGUCUGAAGUAUAUCCACGCACAAAAUUUACUACAUUUGGAUUUGAAGCCUGGUAAUGUGCUGGUCACAAAGGGCAUUUGCAAAAUUUGUGAUUUUGGUAGUUCACGGUUUAAUUUUAAUCCAAACGAUGUACAAAGCAACCAUAUAUUUGAGGGUAAUACUGUUCAAUAUACCGCACCUGAAAUUCUUAUUGGAAAAGAAGCAAAUCAAUCCAGUGAUACAUAUUCCUUAGGAAUCCUCAUGUGGCAAUUGCGGUAUCGCGAAAAUCCGUUCAAAAGUUUAGAAAAUCGAGACACAAUUAUCUAUAAUGUUGUUAAAUAUGGCCUGCGACCACGUGCCGAGUCUCGAGAUGAGAUUCAAGAUGAUUUUAGUCAAUUGUAUCAGUCCUGUUGGAGUUUGGAGCCCACAUUGCGACCAACACUUGAAAGCGUCGAAACGCAACUUGGUAAACGUUGCCAUCAAUAACGUAAUCAGUUAUUGUUGAAUUUAGUUAAUUUUAGUAUUUAUUUUAUUUGUAUAUGAAUGUAAUUGAUGUGUAAUUAUAUAAACUGUGGAUAUUUCCGGUCGGCGUCACAUGAAAUGCCCGCUGAUUGGCAAACAACUAGGACUUGAAA